AUGUGGUGGGCGCUAGCUCUCGAAUUUGUCUUGAUUGGCAUCCUUUGCUGGAUUGCUCUCAAUCGCCUGGCCUCCCAUCGAGUUCCAUGGCAUGUGAUGACAAGCGUUUGGGGUUCUUACUUCCUCGUCCUGUCCCUUGUUGCGCUGGUGCCCAUAGAUGUACAUCUUGUGUACGUCCAGCGAUGUAUGAACCUCCAGGUGUCCCAGGAUGACCUGCGCGAAUGCGACACAGGUUACUUCAUGUCAUGGAAGCUGCUCUACCCCGACAUCAGUGACGAAGAUUCGCUGAGAAUCUCGACCGACGUGUUGAAGUUCCUGUGGUCUGCGGUGUACACGGGCUGUGCAUUCAACGGGUGGAUCCUGCUCACAACGCAGCAGCACUUUGUGGAGGCCCAACACUUCUCGCUCCUCCUGCGGGCCCGGCAGGCGGUCUACAACCAAGGAUGCUUCUUCAUGACGGUGGCAGCGAUUCUCUCUGCGCUGUUCGUCAUCCUUGUCAUCUCGGGGGAGAACUGGAGGUACAUCUUCCAGGGUCUAAUGGGAGUUGGUAACUCGCUCAUGCUGAUGGUGGUUGCCCUUUUGCUGGGCUACGGGCUGGCUGAGUUUCCCAUCAGCCUGUGGCAGGAGGCGCGGAUCAACCCGAGCCUGAAGCGCUUCCGCUCUGAUGCCUUCCUGCAGUAUGUGAAGUUCAACAGAGUGGCGAGGCUCCUGGCCAAGAAGCUCACGGUGCUGUACAACCUGCGGAGGCUGGCCUCUACCUCCCUGCGAAACCUUGCUCCAGCCAUCCUCAAGAUCAUCGACGAGUCUCCUAUCGAUGUGGCGGAUGCGCUGAAGAUGGACCCCGUGUACGGCCCGUCGUUCCCCGUCACAGAGGAGGACAAGGAGGCGGCGUUCUUGCUGCUGCUAGAGCAGGUUGAGCGCGAGAGGACUUACGGGCAGGCCAUGACUGAGAUCGACCUGUGGAUUGAAUCGCUGUCCUCUGCAAACCUAUUGCCUUUUGGCACAGACAUCCUGUCGCUGCAGGACACUCUGUAUGACGCCAAGUUCCGAGUGCUCGCUGAUGUGGACUAUUUGGACAUUGCCAGGAUGCGCAAGAACACGGAAGAGGCUGCAGGUGAAGACAGGAUCGCUAUCAUCAAGAAAUCUUUAGCGCCCUUGCUAGAGCUAGAGGGUGAAGUCCUGCAGAUGCUGGCUGAGGCCAUUGUGAAGAGAAACGACGCUAAGAUAGAGAUGGACAAGAGGUUUGACGAGGACGAUUUCAUGGAGACGGAGAGUCAAGAAACGAAUCUGAACCAGACAGCUGCAUGGAGUACUGAAAGGCUCGUUGCCUUCAAGACUGAAUUGCACCACUUGAAUAAGCGAUACCGUCGCGCAAAAAGAAAAUUUGAUCUUGCUGUUGUGAGCGCAAUACUGUUAGAAGAUGUCGUCGCAACUUAUCAAGCGCUUCUCCCGUGGAAAGCGAUGCAACAUACUCUUUGGAAUGCUUUCUUAGAGAAGGAAGAGGAGGAUGCGUGGAGGGGCGUGGAAUCGCCUGUGAAGAAGAGCUUUCAAGGGAGAUGGGCGAGGCGGCUGGAAGUUUUGUGGUUCUUGAACAACAUGUUUGUUGUCAGGUUCGUCAAAGUAGUUUCUUCGCUUCUCUGUGGGUUUUUGUCUAUAUGCAUGCUGUGGAGCGAGCUAUCUGUUGCCCCAUGGAUUCGAGAUUAUUUCUCGGAACCGCAGCAGGGAUCUCUCUUGCUCCACCAAGUUUGCUGGGCAUCGAAGUUGCCACCAAGCUGCCGCUCCUCCGACUCCACUCCAACUCCUCAAGAUCCUUUCUCGAUCGAGCCCUCGGUCCAAGUGAUCAUCAUUUGCCACCUGUUGUACUUUAUGAGGAUUUGUCAUUUCUCGCUGACGAGGCUGAGGCUAUGGAAGGUAGUGCCGUUCAACGAUUGCUCCCUCUCUCACUUUCCUGCCCUCCAGCUCUACGAGGUGAUUCCCGGAGAAACAGAUUCGCACAGUCUACUCGUCAACGCCUUCCUGGCUUGCCGCAUAGUCCCCUCCAUCACACAGAACUACCUGAACAUGCUGCGUGAAGCUCAUGAAGAACGAGAAGUUGGAGGCGAGGCGACAGUCUUCGAAAAGACCUUCUCGGCUAUGGGAAGAGUUCCUUUUGUUGGCUCCAGUUUCGAUGAGGUUUUGCCGCCGAUCAUGCUUGGAUUCUUCAUUCUCAAUCUAUUUUUCAUCAUAUCUCGUCAGGUUUUCGGCAAGAGAUUCGAGCUUUUUGCGAUCCUCGACGGCGAGAGCAAAUCCUUCACGGAGGAGCAGGAGAAGGAGGCGAUCAUCUUAAUCGGAGAAGAGAGGAGGCGAUAUGAGAGGAUAUCAAACCUUGCCAACACUCAACGUCGGAGUGGUAGCGCCGUGAAGAAGAAGACUACCUUCGAAGCUGCUAACAAGACCCUCUCCAACGUCGCCGGCAAAUGGCAGGACAUGAAGAAACUUCUGCCGCAAGGCGGCUUCAGCGAUCAGUUCCCGCUGUCACGAGCGCUGCCGUACGAGAAGUCCCGAGCCACCACUCAGGACCUGGAGGCGGGGCCAUAUCCCCAGGCCACCUCAAUCUUCAGCAUGAAAUUCAAUCAGAGCGACAAGAUUGGGAAGGCGAGUGAUCAGUUCGUGAGGUUCGUGAAAUCUAUGAAGGUCAAGGCAAGGUCGGUGACGGAGAGUGUGCGCGGCUAUCUCUCCCGGCUCAACACUCGAGCUGGUUACUCUGUACAGAUAGUUGGGUGA